AGAAGGCAGUGAAAAGCAGACUGAAUGAAGAUCAGAGGAGCUAGAAGAUGUGCUGGAGGAGCUAGAAGAUGUUCUGGAGGAGCUAGAAGAUGUGCUAGAAGAUGUGCUGGAGGAGCUAGAAGAUGUGCUGGAGGAGCUAUGGCCCCCAAAAAGCAUCCACGCUCCUGUCGGGCUGCAUCCUCUUCCCAUCUGAGAGCAUGGAGGAGGUCAUCAAGCUCAAAGAAAGCCUGCCAGCUCUGUUGGAGCGCAGGGUCCGCCAUCGGCAGCUGCCACUUUCUGUCCUCAAGUCCAAGCUGAAGGAGGGCGUGAGCUGCUCUGUGCCCAGAGUGCGCUCCACCUUGUCCGGGUUCUUCCCGGUGGUGCGCUGGCUGCCCAAGUACAGACUGAGGGAGUAUGUGUGGGGGGACGUCAUGUCUGGUUUGAUUGUGGGCAUCAUCUUGGUACCACAAGCUAUCGCCUACUGCCUGCUGGCUGGAGUGGAGCCCAUCUAUGGCUUAUACACCUCUUUUUACGCCAACAUCAUCUACUUCCUCAUGGGCACAUCCAGACAUGUUUCUGUAGGCAUCUUCAGCCUGAUGAGCCUCAUGGUUGGACAGGUGGUUGACAAAGAGGUCUUUCUGGCUGGUUUUGAUCUCAAUGAGGAUCUUCUAGGCUUCAAUGCUUCAUUGAGGAAUAACUUCAGUGGCCAUGAUGCUCAUAGCGUGGAGCUAAUGGGUGUGCAAUGUGGGAAGGAGUGCUAUGCCAUUAGCAUCGCAGCUGCUCUCACUUUCCUGGCUGGUAUCUACCAGGUCAUGAUGGCCGUCUUUGGUCUAGGCUUCGUCUCCGUCUACCUUUCCGCUCCCAUGCUGGAUGGUUUCGCCACAGGAGCGUCUUUCACCAUCCUGACCGUGCAAGCCAAAUAUCUCCUCGGUCUGAAGAUUCCUCGCCAUCAGGGCUACGGCACCGUUCUCGUAACCUGGUUCAACAUCUUUGCCAACAUCCACAAGACCAACGUGUGCGACCUUGUCACCAGCGCCAUCUGUAUCGCCAUACUAGUAACAGGCAAGGAGAUCCAGGAGCGCUACAAAGACCGCCUAAAGAUUCCUCUGCCGACAGAACUGCUUGUGGUCGCCGGAGCCACGCUGGCCAGUCAUUUUGGGAACCUCAACCAUCUUUAUGGCUCCAGUGUGUCAGGGCACAUCCCCACCGGUUUCAUCCCUCCUCAGGUGCCCAGCUUGGAUCUGAUGCCCAGAGUGGCCCUGGACGCCAUUCCUCUAGCUGUCAUCAGCUUUGCCUUCACUGUGUCGCUGUCUGAGAUGUUUGCCAAGAAGAAUGGCUACACGGUGCGUCCCAACCAGGAGAUGCUGGCCAUCGGCUGCUGCAACAUCAUCCCCUCCUUCUUCCACUGCUUCACCACCAGUGCAGCUCUGGCCAAGACCAUGGUCAAGGACUCCACAGGCUGUCAGACCCAGGUCUCCAGCCUCAUCAGCGCUGUGGUGGUCCUGCUGGUCUUGCUCUUCUUCGCCCCGUACUUCCACGCCCUGCAGAAGUGUGUCCUGGCCUGCAUCAUCAUCGUCAGCCUCCGUGGAGCUCUGCGCAAGUUCAAGGACGUCCCGUCUAAGUGGCGCGCCAGCAAGAACGACGCGGUGGUGUGGUUGGUCACCGUGUCGGCCACGGCUCUGAUCAGCGUGGAGCUGGGCCUGCUGGUGGGAAUCACCUUCUCCAUGAUGUGCGUCAUCUACAAGACCCAGAAACCGAAGGUGUCUCUCCUGGGCCGGGCCACUGACUCUGAUCUUUACGAGGACGUGGAGGAGUACCAAAACCUGGUCCCGCCACUCCGCAUCAGGAUCUUCCGCUUCCCGGCUCCUCUCUACUACGCCAACAAGGACAUCUUCUUGGCGUCCCUCUACAAGGCUGUCGGGGUGACGCCUUUCUUGGAGAAGACCAGGAGGAGGAAGGCGGAGAAGAAGGCCAAGAAGAUGUCCACCACGCAGGCAAACGGGGACACCACCAACGGGGAGGUUGUAGUCGGACUCGUUCAGAGAGAACUUGACUUCCACACCAUUAUUUUGGAUUGCUCCACCAUUCCUUUCAUAGACUCUGCCGGCAUGGCCGCCUUUAAGGGGCUGCUCCAGGAGUUUGAGCAGAUCGGCGUCAGAGUGGUCCUUGCGGGCUGUAACACCUCACUGGUGGACGCUCUGCAGAAGGGAGAGUUUUUUGGCAAAGAGAUGAGGAACUUGCUGUUCUACUCUGUCCACCAUGCCGUCCUGCAAACUAACUCCAUGGCAGCAGACAACGUUGUGUAGAAGGAAGAUUUGCAGAGAACAAACUAGAAAGGUAGAGCUCAGUGGGCCAAUGAUUAGUGCAGGCUAACCUGUGGCAGGACCUUCAUCAGGGGCCAAUGAUUAGUGCAGGCUAACCUGUGGAAGGCCCUUCAUCAGGGGCCAAUGAUUAGUGCAGGCUAACCUGUGGAAGGACCUUCAUCAGGGGCCAAUGAUUAGUGCAGGCUAACCUGUAGCAGGCCCUUCAUCAGGGGCCAAUGAUUAGUGCAGCCUAACCUGUGGAAGGACCUUCAUCAGGGGCCAAUGAUUAGUGCAGGCUAACCUGUGGCAGGCCCUUCAUCAGGGGCCAAUGAUUAGUGCAGGCUAACCUGUAGCAGGCCCUUC